GUGGCAGGUAACAAAUGUAAUCGAUGCAUUGUUGUGUAUUCCUUGGAAUGCGACAACUCGAUCCCAGUAAUGCAUUGCAUUGCAAAUUUUGGCUGAGGCAACAUGGAUGCAAAGAUCUUAUCAUAAGCUAACAAUUUAUAAUGCAAACAUUUUUUCACAGAUCUGCCAAGAAGAAGAAUUUUUACAACUUUCGCGCUAUUCAGUUAGUAGCACUGAUAAAACGCGAUGAAUUAAAUGUUAAAGAGCGUGAAGUAAGGGAUUCAUUGUUUUGUGGUGUAAAAGAAAGAAGUAUGUUUCAGCCAUCUUCUACAGUCACCUCCAUUUACAUAGUUGAAUAUGUCCUCAGACUUCCAGAAGACUUCAGGCUUGAUGAACUCAUGAUGUUCUUGAUGCGUAGCCAUCAUAUGCUGACUGAUGUUAUCUUGGAGGUUGGAGCAGAGCUUUUCCAUGCACACAAAGUGGUACUUGCUGCAGCAUCCCCUUAUUUCAAGGCGAUGUUUACUGCUGGAUUGAAAGAAUGUGAGAUGUCCCGAGUAAAACUUCAGGGCAUCUGUCCUACUGCCAUGGCAAGGUUAAUGUAUUUCAUGUACACUGGCCAAAUUAGAGUUACAGAAGUAACAGUUUGCCAGCUGUUGCCAGCUGCAACAAUGUUUCAGGUAACAAAUGUAAUCGAUGCCUGUUGUGUAUUCUUGGAACGACAACUCGAUCCAAGUAAUGCAAUUGGCAUUGCAAAUUUUGCUGAGCAACAUGGAUGCAAAGAUCUUAAUCAUAAAGCUAACCAAUUUAUAAUGCAACAUUUUUCACAGAUCUGCCAAGAAGAAGAAUUUUUACAACUUUCCGCUAUUCAGUUAGUAGCACUGAUAAAACGCGAUGAAUUAAAUGUUCAAGAGGAGCGUGAAGUGUACAAUGCUGUGCUGAAGUGGGUUCGCUAUGAUGAAGAUAAUCGAUAUCCCAAAAUGCAGCACAUAUUGUAUGCCGUGCGUUGCCAAUAUUUGACACCAUCUUUUCUUCAGAAUCAAAUGAAGCACUGUGAUGUUCUGAAAAAACUUCCUGCAUGUCGAGAAUAUCUAGCAAAAAUUUUUAAGGAUCUGACAUUACAUAAAAGGCCACAUGUCAAAGAAAGAACUCCCAACACUCCUCGUGUUAUUUAUAUAGCCGGUGGCUAUUUAAGGCACUCAUUAGAUGUUUUAGAAGCUUUUAAUGCUGAUGACAAAACAUGGACUACACUAGCUAGAUUAACAGUCCCCAGAUCAGGACUUGGAGGAGCAUUUCUAAAAGGGUUUUUCUAUGCUGUUGGUGGACGCAACAAUUCUCCAGAAAGUAGUUAUGAUUCUGACUGGGUUGAUAGGUAUAACCCAGCCCGUGACCAGUGGCGACCUUGUUCACCAAUGUCAGUGCCACGUAAUCGUGUUGGCGUAGCUGUAAUGGAUGGAUUGUUGUAUGCAGUAGGAGGUGCUGCAGGCUCUGAAUAUCACAACAGUGUAGAGAGGUAUGACCCAGACGAAGACAGGUGGCAAGGAGUCAAAUCAAUGCAUACUCGACGGCUUGGAGUUGGAGUUGCGGUGGUAAACAGGCUUCUCUAUGCAGUUGGUGGUUACGAUGGAUCAUCCCGAUUAAACUCUGUGGAAUGUUAUCAUCCAGAAAAUAAUGCUUGGACAAUGGUUGAACCUAUGACGCUUAAAAGGAGUGGUGCAGGUGUAGCAGCCAUGAACCAGUAUAUUUAUGUUGUUGGAGGAUAUGAUGGACAGCAGCAAUUAAGCUCAGUUGAGCGAUAUGACACAGAAAAAAAUACUUGGCAGAGUGUAGCAGACCUGAAAUUUGCCCGCAGUGCCCUGAGUGUAACUGUUCUAGAUGGAAAAUUGUAUGCAAUGGGUGGUUAUGAUGGGCAGUCCUUUGUUUCAACAGUAGAAGUUUAUGAUCCUGGCAGUGAUGCAUGGGAAGAAGGUCAACCUCUUACUAGUGGUCGUUCAGGACAUGCAUCAGCCGUUUCCUAUCAACCAUGUCUUAUUCACUGUGAACAUCAUGAACAUAUGAUAGAUGGUCCUACGACUCCUGGAGGAAGUUCAAGUCCAUCAUUAGGCAUGGGCAAAAGCCCAUUACCAUCCUGACAUAUGGACAACCCUCCACAAGGGCCAUCAGACAAAACAGACACCUAAGUGCAUGGUUUUUCCAUUAAAGUUAUUUUGUUUUACUAAAAACAGCGCUGUUUAAGAAGAAUCUUCAAAUACUUCAUAAUUUUUACUAAGUGUGGAAACAAUCGCCAGUGAGUUGUUCUUGUUCUUGAGUUGUGCUAUAUUCUUACUCGUGAAGUGUUUCAGAUCAUUUGGACUUUAAUCUUGUAUCAAGAAUAAUGGGUGAAACAUGUUAGAUUAUUAGGUAAAUUAUCUACAGAUCUUCCUUUGCUUUUGCCACUCCCUUGGCUCUCAGGGUUUGAGGAACUCUGUAGUAAUUAGAAUUUCACAAAAAUAUGUAAAUAUUUGUGUAGCAAUUAUUUUUGUACUCUGGAACAUUCCAGAUAAUAAUGAUGUUACAAAUCUCCAAGUUUCAUGCAAUUUUUGCUCUAGUCAAAAAUUCUUGGAGGUAUAAUUUGUAUAUUUUCUUCAGUCUUGAAUCUGUAAGACAGUUGUUAAUAGAAAUACAUGUAUUUAAGUUCGUAAUACGAAAAUAAGUAAUGAGUUUGUUUACUCAGCUUGUUUUAUUCAGCAACAUUUUAAGUGAUUUAGAUUCUGGAAAUUUCCAAAGUAUUAGACAUCAACUGAUUUUCUAGAAGGAAGUUAACUCAUUAGUAUUCAAAAUCCUUGAAACUUGAAAUCUGUAAUACUUGGUUUCAAAUCUUAAUAUUAUUUGAAUUCGAGUAAAAUUCCCCAAGAUUUUCAACUUCCACGGAACAAGAAACACUUUAUUUUAUUGUAGUCUGUCUUCCUCAAAUCAUUAUUUUUUAAUGAAGGAAUGUUUUAUUCAAAAUAAAUGCUCCCAGUUAAAGUUGUUUCAUCUCCUACUAGAAUAUAUCAUUGAAGUUUUCCCGAAAUAUUUAAAAACAAGGCAGGUCAUUUUUAUUCAUAUUAACAGUUUUUUAUUCUUUAAUUGUUGAUGAUAUUAAUGUCACUUAUCUCAUCUCCAAAACCAGGCUAAUAAGGGGGCACACUGUAAUAUUCUUUUUGAAUCACUUGUUAAACAAGACCAAGUAAUGGACUUUGUGUCUUCCAAGAUCUUCUCAGUAGUAACAUGAAAAAUAGAAAAUUGUGUCUCAACUUUAAUUUUCUCUUGAAUUUUAUAAUUCUGAUGUGUUAAAAGUUCCUAAAGGAUUUGGAUAGGAGUAAUUUCUGAAAUAUGUGCUUAAACGUUGACCAUUGAGCGCACUUGUGGAUAAAAUGAUGAAUUUUCAAAGGAUUCACCACAAUCAGGGAAUUGUCUGAUAUUCGGGUAAAUAAGGUAUUUGAAAAUACUACAAAUUUACCAUAUUUUAACAUCAACAUUAAAAUGAGUAAUUGUUGUGUAAUUAAAAGUUAAGGAUGCAAUGAUGAUUCUGAUGUUUUCAAAACAUCGAUGUUUUUAUAAAAAUAUCAAUAUUUUAAUAAUGUUUUGUAAUUCAACUUUUUUUUUUUGGGCAACCUUAUGUAUCAAUCAAUAAAUUUAUGAACCCCUUUUUUAGUUGGCUUAAU